AUGCUUAAUUUGUUAUCUGUUUUCUUGGCUUUGGUAUCACUGCAGCUGGUACUGGCCGAUCCGUCUUUUAUCAUCAAUUCUAACCAGAAAGUCACUGGUAAAAAUGAAAAUGAACGGGUGGAAUCUUUUAAAGGAAUCCCAUUUGCAGAACCCCCUUUACGAAAUCUGCGAUUUGCUCCUCCUAUUCCAUUCAAUCAAAGCUAUGAUCAAAUUCAAGCUACUGCAUUUAAGUCAUCAUGUAUGGGUAUCAACCCUGUAGGUGUUAUUGACGCUCUCAGAACAGCUGUGGGAGUUAUACCAUUCAAUAACGUUCUCACACAAAUAAUUAAGCCCCUGGAAGGUGUUUUUACAAUGGCUGAUACAAAUGAGGAUUGUUUGUACUUCAAUAUUUAUCGUCCUGCAGGCACCAAGCCCGGAGAUAACCUACCAGUCAUGGUUUGGUUUUUCGGUGGUGCAUUCGUUUUUGGCACUGGUAAUACAUAUGAUGGAACUCGGUAUGUUGAAGCAAGUAUUGACCUUAAGGAGCCUGUGAUCGUUGUGACAAUGAACCACCGUCUGGCAGCCUGGGGGUUUUUGGGAGGAAAAGCCGUGAAAAAUGAAGGCAGUGGGAACGUCGGUUUAUUGGAUCAACGAAUGGUGCUGGAGUGGAUUGCUGAUCAUAUUAAAGACGUUGGAGGAAACCCAGACAAAGUGACACUGUUUGGUGAAUCAGCUGGAGGUAUGAGUAUUUGGGGUCAAAUGGAAAUGUAUGAUGGUGAUCAUACAUAUAAUGGUAAGCCUCUGUUCCAUGGAGCAAUUAUGCAAAGUGGAAGUGUUCUUCCAUUAGAGACUAUUGACAAUGAACGGUCGCAAAAGCUUGCUGACCGGUUCAUCAAGGCUGCUGAAUGCGAUAACCGAAGUGAUAAAGAUACCAUGUCGUGUUUGCGGGGAAAGUCAACUCAAGAAUUGGAUCGAGCCAUGAAUACGUUUAGUGUGUUUGAAAACUUUGGUAUUCUUGAUAUGUUUGUGACAUGGGCACCACGAGCAGACGGGAAAUACAUUCGGGAUAUACCUCAUAAACUCACCGAUCAGAGAAAGUUUGCCAAAGUGCCCAUUAUUAUUGGUGACCAGGAAGAUGAAGCGACAUUAUUUGCACCAAUUUUGCCGGCGAUGUCUGAUGCUGACACUUACCAAAUUGCAAAAACCUUGCUACUAUCUGCCACAGAAAAUGAUAUUCAAAAGUUGCUGGCCUUGUACCCGAACGAUCAAACAAAAGGAGCACCGUUCAGAACUAGAUACCUUAAUACGCUGACUCCCCAGUUCAAGCGGCUAGCAGGUUUGCUGACAGAUGUUUUGUAUCACAAUAACCGACGGCGAGUGUUGCAUGCAGCAGAAGGUGUAGACCGGUACAAUUACUUUGCAACAACGCUACAUAAUGUGCUUCCGUUCUUUGGGACAACACACGCAAAUGAUUUGGUGUGGCAAUGGUUUUUAAACCUAGGUCCUUACAAGGCAUACAUCAAUUAUUUCUUGUCGUUUGCCAACCACCAAGAUCCAAACGUUAACAAUGGAGGAUUGCCUAAUUGGCCCAAGUAUACAAAUGACGGAAAAGAUACGCUCGAAAUAGGGUUUAACAGCUUGGGGACAACUAAGGAUGAUUUUCGGGAAGAAGAGAUUCAGUACAUGAUUGAUAAUCCUAGUGUUAUUGCUUUUUAA